AUGUCAAACAUAGAAUUAUCAUCGAGUAUGUCGUCACGUAUUCUUACAGCAUCAUCAGUAACUAAUCUUCCAACGAAUGCAAUAAUCAUUCCAGCUAUGAAAACUAAUUCAACAGUAAAUAAAAAUUUAAUAAAUCCUCUACAGAUUGGUGAUGCUUCUUUCCAAAAACUUCGCACAAUAACAACAACACCUGUUAUUCGAACAUCAAAUAAUACAACGAUGAAUUCAAAUCCUACAGUUUUCAUUGUCAAUAAUAAUAAUAAUAGUAAUAGUAAUAACUAUAUUAGAUCAGAUUCAAAACAACCCAUGACUUUAAAUCGUUUUUUAUUAACCAAUAAUACAACAUCAAGAAAUCCAACAAUAAUCAAUGCGCAAAAUACAAUUGAUUUAAAUACACUCGUCAAUAAUAUCAGUACAUUCAAUCAAAUAUCUUUUUUACCAUCAACAAAUUCUAAUCUAUCAGCACAAAAUAGUAUUACACAACUUCUCGAAACACCUCUCAGCGUUAUGCAACAGCCUACAACUUCACGUACUGAUUGUAUUAUAACAUCAACCAAUAAGGAAAAUCAAAAUGAACAUGUCUUCACAAAAACAAAAGCUUUGGUUGAACUUCUAACAGGAUCAAAUAUUCAACCACCAUCAUCAUUUGGUUCAACAUCAAUCGAACCAUCGACAUCAACACCAUAUUCAGAUGCAACGAAAACUCGUUCAAAAAAACGUGUCAAUCGUGUUAAACGACCAAUGAAUGCAUUUAUGGUUUUUUCACAAAUUGAACGUCGAAAAAUUGUUCAAUUAGCACCGGAUAUGCAUAAUGCUGAAAUAUCAAAAUAUUUAGGUGCACGAUGGAAACGUUUAACUGAAAUUGAACGUCGACCAUUCAUUGAUGAAGCAGAACGAUUAAAAAUGCUUCAUUUACGUGAAUAUCCUGAUUAUAAAUACAAACCGCGUAAACGUCUCAGAAAAGGUUUAUUAACAAACAACUCAUCGAUUCAUAUUGAUACAUCAGAUACUUCAUCAGAUGCAUUAACGCCAAAAUUAGAUCAACAAACUAAUGAAAACACAUCAACGUCAAUUGAAAAUUUAGAUAUAUUCACAAAUAUUGAUGAUUCUUUAUUUUCAUCGUCGUCACAACAACAAUUUGAUCCACUUUUGCUCGAUGCACUUGCUACAGCUGAUGUACAAACACAGGAAGCUUUUUUUAAUCAAAUUCAAACACUUGGUGAUUUCAAGUUGUGGGCUGAUCUAGAUUUAACAAAUAUUGAUAUAUCUUUAUAA